AUGAGAUUACCAGCGCUAUUGGCCGGGUGGGCAUGGUGGUUGCUGGUGGUGUGUGCCUGGGAUCUUCUCAACCACCGCCGCCAAUACCGCCAGGGGGAGAAAGUUGACUUGAUUGUCAACAAAGUGGAGCUGGAUCACUCUCAAUUGGAUUACAGCUACUACCUGUUGCCGUUUGUGUGUCCGCCGUCGCAUGACCUCAGUCCGUUGGCGCUCCUGCUUGCUGAAAUCCUUCUGGGGGACCGCAAGUGGGAGCUGGCCUACGACUUGAAGUUUGGCGUCGACAUGCCUUGCAAACGGCUCUGCGACUUUGUAGCCCGUCAAAAAGGGGUCACAAAGGCUACCCAACUCAUCCACGAUGGCUACAUUAUUCAUUGGGAGGUCGAUGGCCUUCCGGGGGCCACCACUUACACCCAGGGCAAGCGAACGUUCUACGCCGCCGGAUUCCCCCUUGGGUUCGAGGCUAAUGGCAAGGCCUACAUCCACAACCACGUUCAGCUUGUGUUCCGCACUCACCGCGAUCAGGCUACAGGGUUGUGGUCGAUUGUCGGGUUCGAAGUAUACCCCAAAUCGGUUCUGAACGAAAAGUGUCCUGGUCUGCGGAAGAACUUUGAGAACUUUGCCCUCCCUCCUACUCGUGACAGUAAAGGGGACGCCAUCCCUGUGGCGGUGACGAUUCCCUGGACGUAUUCCGUGUACUGGCGUGAAGAUAAGCUGAUGGACUAUGAGAACCGCUGGGACCUUUACCAACAGACGCUGGUGAACCGCCGCAACCUGAAGGUUCACUGGAUGCUGUUAUUGCUGUCGCUCACGGUGAUCAUGCUUAUGACGUUGGUGGUGACGGUGGUAGUGCUCUCGAUGGUACACAAGGACAUCAACACCAGCCGUCCCGGAUUACCCCAGUUUGACGAUGGAACCCCGAAACCGUCACCGGCCAAAUGGAGUCAGUUAGCUUCGCAAGUACUCACGCGACCGUGGGCGCCGCUCAUGCUUGCCAUUCUGGUGGCGAUGGGCAUUCAGACGUUAGUCGCCUGCCUCGGAGUCCUCGUCAUCCUUGCAAUCAACUUCUGGUUCUUCGACACUCUGAGAGGAGCGGUAGCGGUGAUCGAGCGCCAUCAAGGACCGAUCCUCACUCUUGCCAUCGUGGUGCUAGUAUUGCUGGGGAUCAUCCUGACCUACGGCGGGGUAUUGUUUUACAAGCUUGUGACCAACCAUCUGCUCAAUACUCCUUACUCCAAACGCAAAAUUAUGGUUCUCUCAAUAUUGUUCGCCGGGGCAUUACCCGCAGUGGUGGUGGCUACGGUGCUCGUACUCAACUUUUUCGUGUGGGCGAAACAGCUGAGUACAGCCCUCCCGUUGGGAACUAUCGUCACCGUACUCUUAUUCCUUGGGUUGGUGCAAAUUCCCCUAGGCAUGGUUGGCGGUUUUUACGCUAAUCGCCAACGAUUUGACCCCAAGUCGUUUCUCACGCUGACCGCUGCCGGCGUCCAAGAAAAGCUGUCGGUGUCAGGGCGGCGCUACAUUUGGAUCACCAACCCGCUUUUCAGCACGGUGGUGUUUGGUUUGUUUCCUUUUAUGCUGAUAUACGUCGAGCUCACCUACGUGUUCCACGCCCUCUGGCUCGAAAAGACUACUUACUACACCUACGGGUUUUUGCUCGUGGCUUUUGUGCUUUUGAUCAUCAUUGUCGCCGAGUGUACCAUUGUGGCGAUCUACACCUCGUUAGCGGUGUAUAACGACCCCAACUGGCAUUGGCUUGCUUAUAGGUGUGGCGCGCUGGUCGGGGUGUACGUGUUUGGCUUUGUCACCUAUUACUUCUUCGCCUACUUGGACGUUCGGGAAUGGGUGAGUGUGCUUGUAUAUUUUAGCUACAUGUUGCUUAUGCUGAUUUGCUUAGGCGUGGCUUGUGGCGCGUUGGGGGUGUUGACGGGGCUUUUCUUCGUCAAGCGAGUGUUUGGGUCGCUCAAGAACGAUUAA